AGAUGUAAACCAGCUAUCAUCCUAAUUUGUAACAACCAUUACAAACACUAGGAGCUGAUGUUUGGAGGUCGCAGUUUGGAGAAGGAGUCAGGUUGGAGUGACGACUCCUUAUUACGAGUAUCAGCUAGCAGUCAGCCUAAUUUAUAUAAUAAUAUUAACCCCUCACCAUUACAUCAUACCCUUGUCGGCAGAUCAACUCCCUAUUCCCUUAGUUCAAACUUAUCUAAUUCAACAGGUCUUACGAGCAGUAUGAGUUCACCUAGUUUACAGAGUUUAGGUCAGUCUCGGAGCAGUUCACAGCUCUACGGUGGAUCUAACGGCAACAGCAACAUGAGCACUUCCUUGUCAUCGAGCAGAUUAAAUUCCUUUUCAACGGGACUUGGUCAAAGUAGUACUAAUUCAAGUUUAGGACUCAGUUCAGCAAAUCGAGGACUAAAUCAACCGAGUGGUCUUACGAAUGGCUUCCCGUCCCACCAAACGAAUCCAAGUUCCAAUCUGAACUCUAAGUUUUCUCCCGGUUUGGGUGGCAAUAGUUUAUCAUCGAAUUUCGGAAGCAACUCGUUUGGGUCCAAUUUCGGCAAUAAUAUAAUGAAUAUAUUGGGUAGUGGAUCAACCUCGCCCUCGUCUGUUGGAUCAUUCGGAGCAACGUCAAAUACUCAGGGAACCUCACACAUAUUCGGGUCACAGCAGCCAAGCCAAGGUUCGUCCCAUCUGUUUGGGUCAGGGUUAUCAAACAACUCGGGUCCUUAUUCCUCUCAAUUUAACAACAUUCCUAACAACAACUCCUACUCUUCGUUUAAUACUGGCGUCUUUUCUCCGUCACUGGACUUAAACAACCCUACGUCAGAAAGUCUUGAUUUAUCUGAAUUCCCGUCCCUACAAGCCCCAGCUAAACAGCUAAGCAACCUGAGGUUGGACACGGCUAACGGACUACCAGGCAUGGGCAGCCACAAAGUUUCCGGUUUCAAUCUGAAUGCGGCCAACGGUCCCUUCUCUGCAAACAUCACGGGCAACAAGACAUACUCUGAAGUGUCCAACACUAAUUUAACUGGUCAAGCCAAGCAAGACAACUCACCAGGCUUCCAAAUAUCCCAUGAAGAUUUCCCCGCUUUACCAGGAGCCCCCAAAAAUCCGCACCCACUUCCUACACAGCAAGUGCUUCCCAACGACAUCAUGGCACAAGUGGCCCCCAACCCUCAGCAGGAGGUGAAGCAAAGUUCUAUCGUGAUGAUGGUUAAUAAACCGUCUAAAAGUAUAGUUCUGCCCACAUUUCCUCCUUCAAUGUGCAAGGAUCAAUUCGGAAUGGCUGGUCUGCUGGCAUUCAUCAGGUCGAAAGAUUCCUGUCCAAACUUGAUAAAGUUUGCCCUGGGUAUGGACUUGUGUGAUUUAGGACUGAACCUGCAGAGCAAAGGCAAGCUGCACAGCACCUUUCAAUCACCGUGGGCAGAUAGACCGUGUGGCCUGCACCAGCUGGAGCAAAACGUCCCGCCAGACUAUCGGCGACUACACGUCCGUUUGAAUAUCAACAUGAUCGACCGGAUCAAGAAAUACGGGGACGACCUGCUUUUCUGGCUGUACUACAACAACAUUGGGACAACGAUACAGCUUCUCGCCAUCCAGGAGCUCCAGAAUAGGGGCUGGAUGUAUUACAUUCCCGAGAAGAUCUGGAUCACCAAGGCACUUGGCAAGGAGGCUCCCAAAGGCUCUUAUGGGGUGUAUUGUUGGUUCGACGUGGCGAACUGGAAGAAGUCCGAAAAGGAAAUGAGUUUGGAGCCGGACAAAAUCGAAUUUUGUGAACAAUCCAAGCCACAUUUCCGACUCUGACACAUUGACUAUUUGGUCGCAUUGCUAUAGAGGUUUUUGUAGUAUAAUAUAAGUGUACAGAUCUACCCAAUAUCUCUUCGUAUUUGUACCUGAUAGUACACAACUUUGUACAUGGCACGGAGUAUUGUAAUUAGUGUACAGUACAGUCUACAGGUGCGUCGCGUACCUCUGACCCCACACAUUCGCAUCUUGCUGUUCCCCAAUUAACUAGAAUGUGAUCACACCUGAAACCAUUCAUAAUGAAAUGUCGUCUGUAUGUAAUAUCCAACCAUCAUGUUCUUGUCCAGUUAUAUGCAUGCACUCAAACCAGCACAUUACAACAUUGAGUGUGCUUUAAAACGAAAUAUUCUCAAAAUGUUCUCGUUAACUGGUGCAGUAUUAUUCAGGUCGUACACUGCAGAGUACAUUGCACGCUAUCUGAAAACAACCGCCAUCUAAUGCACAUUGUAGUGUACAUUGUGUAUUGUGUGCUGUAGUCUGUACUGUACACUUAUUAUAUUGCUCUCAGUUGCGUAUAAGAGAAUUGUGUACGCUAUCAAGUUAAAUACGGUCCCAGAUCAUCUCAGAUUUGAAAAGGUUUUCAUCAAAAUAUAUGCAAUGAUCACACUAAAUAUGAUAGUAUACAGGACGCCUAAUUAAGGAGAUUUAAUUGUUCGUUAUUUUGCUCUCAUUUAUAAAACUUUUUAAUACUUUUUACAGUGUGUAAAUUUGUUUCCCAUAAGGUUUUAUCCUUAGUAGUCUAAACGAAUAACGCACUAUUAAAUUGAUAAUUUGUUUAUGUAUAGACGUCCAGUAACAAUAUAAUGUUAUUAAUUUUACCUUCAAUAAUUUGUGCUUCUUUUUGGAUUUUGUGGAUCAUUCUUCACGUAGCGGGCAUAAUUUGAAGCUUGAAACAUUUGUUUUUGAUUGAUUAUAUUGAACUUUGAGAAUGACAAAUAUGCUUGCUCUUACUUUUUUCAGACUGCAAAUCAAAUCGAAACUCUUCAAAUGAACAUACUUCAAAUAUAUUUAAAAUUCCCAAAGUUUAUCUGGUUAAUCAUGUACUAUGUUUCAAGCGGCGCUAUCACUUAAUUAAUAAGUUAGUUGGAUAUCGAAAGGUUAUCUUCUGUAGAUUUCAAAUUAACUUUUACUUGAGCAGGGAUGAGCUUAUUGAGCUAUGCACCGUUCACUUUUCGUUGCCUUGGCAACUUGUAAUAGAAUUUUAUUUUGCUUUUCAAAUGGAGAUGAACCGUUUUAUAUAAAUUAUCUGA